AUGAAAACAACUUACGAUCACGUGAUCGCACGUAACUUUUACCUUAAUCUGCUUUACAAGGAGCAGGGCGUUGAAUGUUUGCUUUCUACAAACACGGGCAAUCUACAUUUCCUUAUGGGUGGUAUAUCGAUUAACCCACCGUUGGAGGUCAAUCCUACGCACUUAUCCAUCGAGAGAUGGAGUACUCAGGACAUAAAUACUCGAUGUGUAUUAUGUGCUCAGCAGCUAGGUGAUCGCUGUCAUACCGUUCGAUCGCCUACAAUACGCUCUUAG